AGGCUACUGGCACCCCUUGUCCACUCUUCCUUGGUAGCUCAAGAUGAACGCCGCCUCAUCUGCUCAGAUGCAGUCACAAGAGACAGUCGACUCGCCCUCCAUAAGGCUGAGCUACUCCCUCACCCUUCCCGAGCCCAUCGCCUCCCGCCCAGCCAAUAAGCUCACUGCUCUCCCCCCACACCUCACCUCACCUCCGGAGAGCAGCGCAACACUCGUCGCUCCCCUCAGCAUUCCUACCGCCACAAAUCAGGGCGCACCGGCUAGCUCGAGAGAUACAGAAGGUCACUGGCUGGCCUCCCUGGCAGAUGGAGUGGAUGAGUUGAGGGUCAAGAUGACGGCCGAGCUCGCUUAUUGGAAGGAUGUCAUUGGUGGUGAGGAGGAAGGGGAAAGCAAAAGGGCAAGGGAAGAUGGAGCCGUCGAAGGUGGGCCAGACGACGAGGAAGACGGGGAUAGUGAUGAAGAGGAGGACGAGGCGGAGGGAACAGCGCCCUAAGGCAACCAAACAUCGCGACCAUCUAACUCUCGCUGGCUCGGGGACGCAAAUAUGUUUAGACUACCUCUAAAGACGCAACAACUGCACUCCGCCUCUGGUGCUCAUCUUGUCCCUCACAUUGGGCUACGAAACGGAGCAAGUCCGCUUCAAGCACACACCACAUUUUCCAACGCUCUGCGAGAAUACACCAGCUGGUAGGCGUUCUCAAACACCUCUUGCACUGUAGCUGGACGAGCUUCAGUGUCAUUGAGACGAUACCA